CUAUAUGUGAUUUUAUUUUUCCUUUUUGCAUAAAAAGGGGGAGAAUCACCCGUCUCCUCAUUUUAACCAGUAUGUGAUGGAGCAGGGCGCAAUGACGGACCAGCUUAGCCGGCGACAGGUCAGGGUUUACCAACUAUACAGCCGGACUAGCGGGAAGCACGUCCAGAUACAGGGCAAGAGGGUCGCCGCUACUGCUGAGGACGGCAACAAUUACGGUAAGUUGUUCCCAUGACACAAUGUUGGCUGCAUUUGGACAAAUUAUCUGUUUUCAACCAGUCGGACCAAUGCAUACAAGGCUUAUUAAUGAGGACUGCAUUUGCAAUGUGCUGUCUGUCGAUGAAGAGGUCUGCAGGGCUAGGAUACUUGCCCACCUGAUGCUGGCCCGACCCUCUGUAUAUUAAUUUGGCCUGCCUACUGUAGCUAAACCCUCGUCUGGCGAAUCAGGCCAAGUCUUUUGUCCUGGUCCAAUACACAUGACUGUUUUUACAUUUUUUUGUCAUUUAGCAGACGCUCUUAUCCAGAGCGACUUACAGUUAGUGAGUACAUACAUUUUCAUACUGGCCCCCCGUGGGAAACGAACCCACAACCCUGGCGUUGCAAGCGCCAUGCUCUACCAACUGAGCUACAGGGGACUGUUGUUAGCCUAAUUAACCAGGGGGUAAAUCAAUUGACCCAUAGGACAACUGCAAUUGGGAUUUGUUUUAUUCCACUUCCAUUACUUUUUCUUCAAACAUGAUUAAUGAUAACAUUUAAUUAAAUUAUAGCAAUGGUUUGUUAAUGUGUCUCAAAACCUGAAACCCAUAAUAUCUCACAUAGGCUGUUGUGAUUUUUUCUCUCCAGUGAAUGUCAGUUUGUUUUAGGUCCUCCUUUUGCACAUUCUUUUCUUGUAGGCCAAUAGAUGGCAGACAGUUUAUUGUUGGCUUUUUACAGUUUUGUAUUAUCAUUCCACUUCCAUAUAAGAAUUUGAAUAUGAUAUAGGGAGUGUCCAAAAUAUAUUUAUUAUUCAGCUAAUUGACAUAGGCCUAGUGGAUUUAUCACACCAUUGUUGUAUUUUCAUAUGGAUAUUUGUGUGUAUGUUGUAGCACGUCUCUUUGUAGAGACUGACACCUUUGGCAGUCGUGUUCGGAUCAAAGGUGCAGAGAGUGGACGCUACCUCUGUAUGAACCGGAAGGGGAAACUAGUUGGAAAGGUAUGAUAUCAAAUCCACAUCACUUUCAACGUUGCAAGAAUUCCAGCUUGCUUGUUUCCUAGUUGGUAAUUAUGUAUACUGAACAAAAAUAUAAAACGCAACAUGCAACAAUUUUAACGAAUUUACUGAGUUACAGUUCAUAUUAGGAAAUCAGUCAAUUGAAAUAAACUCAUUAGGCCCUAAUCUAUGGACUUCACAAUUUGUCAGGGGCGCAGCCAUGGGUGGGUUUGGGAGGGUAUAGGCCCACCCACUUGGGAGCCAGGCCCACCCACUGGGGAGCCAGGCCCAGCCAAUCAGAAUGAGUUUUUCCCCACAAAAGGGCUUUAUUACAGACAGAAAUACUCCUCAGUUUCAUCAGCUGUCUGGGUGGCUGGUCUCAGACGAUCCCACAGGUGAAGAAGCAAGAUGUGGAGGUCCUGGGCAGGCAGCUUAUGGUAGAGAAAUGAACAUUACAUUCUCUGCCAACAGCUCUGGUGGACAAUCCAGCAGUCAGCAUGCCAAUUGCACGCUCCCUCAAAACUUGAGACAUCUGUGGCAUUAUGUUGUGUGACAGAACUGCACAUUUUAGAGUGGCCUUUUAUUAUUCCCAGCACAAGGUGCACCUGUGUAAUGAUCAUGCUAUUUAAUCCGCUUCUUGAUAUGCCACACCUGUCAGGUGUAUGGAUUAUCUUGGCAAAGGAGAAAUGCUCACUAACAGGGAUGUAAACAAAUUUGUGCACACAAUUUGAGAGAAAUAAUAUUUUUGUGCAUAUGGAAUAUUUCUGGGAUCUUUUAUUUCAGCUCAUUAAACAUGGGACCAACACUUUACAUGUUGCGUUUAUAUUUGUGUUCAGUAUAAUUGUUAUUGUACAUUCUUUAAAUGAAGGGUUCUUUAAACAAAUAUAAAAUAAUUUUAAGAGUUUGGUUCGCUAAAUAGUGACAAUGCAAUAAAACUGAUGUAUACUUACUAAAAUUGUAUUUUUCACAUGCGCCAAAUACAACAGGUGUAGUAGACUACCGUGAAAUGCUUACUUACGAGCCCUUUCCCAACAAUGCAAAGUUAAAAAGUAAGAAGAAUAUGAGACACACGUGACUCAUAUUGUGUUAUAAUGAUAUUUAUUUGUAAUGUAAUUCAUUAGCCUGGAUAGGGUCGAUGACAGGGAGACAACCCAAUUUGUAUUUCCAAGUGUAGAAUUACAGUUUCAAGGUAUGGGAAAAACUCUCCUCACACCCUUUGGUGGUUGGUCAGAAGUCAUCCCUCCACUUCCUGAAUGGAAAUGGAAAAGAUGUCAGUGUUGUCUGCUUGCCAUCUCGCAUCAUCUUCUUCAUCUCUCAUCAUCAUCUUAAAAUAUUAGGUUCUGGUUUAAUCUAGUGAAUAAAUAAAUGCAGAUAAAUGGUGUAGCUUUCUAGCGGUUCCUCUCUUUUGAAAACCUUAUGUUAGAGAGGAAUAGUUUGCUAAUACUUCUCACAACUCGUCCAAUAUAGUUAUUGUGGUGUGGUUUGGAUAUGCAGCUAAUAUUUCCUACUUUAAACACAUUCUUCACUAUUCCUAGUUUACGCUUAGUUUAUUGGCUGUACUGAUACAGUAUGUGGUAUCUUCAUUGUAGUUUUAACGAAACUGUCUCAAACUGUAGAUACAAUGGGUUUGACCUUGUCGUGUAGGAUACUAUUUCACUUGUCUUGUACACAUUGUUUGCAUUUGUUUGUAAUUGUUAAAUAGUCUGUUCUGUGUUUCAUGAGAAUAUUGAAGUAUUCCAUUUUGUUUGGAGCUUGGAAAUUAAUAGAUAGCAGUGUAGUUCAGAGGGAAAUACUGUAAGUAGGCUAAUCAGAUGUUGUUUUUAACAUGCCUUCUAGUAGUGGUGCUAAACUGUGUAUGUGACCAAUAAACUUGGAUUUGACUUAGUCUUUCCUCUCUCUCAUCCUCUCAAUAGCCUAAUGGCAGAAGCAGGGAUUGUAUCUUCACAGAGAUUGUUCUGGAGAACAAUUACACUGCCUUCCAGAAUGCCAAGUAUGAGGGCUGGUAUGUGGCUUUCACCAGGAAAGGGAGGCCCAUCAAAGCCUCCAAGACGAGGGAGAACCAGAGAGAGGUCCAUUUCAUCAAGAGGCUACACAAGGGCCCACUACCUUUCCCCAACAUGGACAGAAUCAAACAGUUUGAGUUUAUCAGUUUUCCACCCACCCGUCGAGCGAAACGGAACAGGAAAUCACAGACUGCUGCCUAG